AUGCGGGCGAUGGCCCGGCGAUGUGGGCGAUGGUCCAGCCACAUGUGUCGGCAUCCAGGCGGCGCGUCCUCUGAGUUUCAUGGGGAACGUCGGGGCUGGCUGGCCUGGUGUCCCCGGCUGCGCACCCUCCUCCUGGACCUGCUCCUCAUCUACAUCUCCGUGCCCUUCCUCAUCCGCCUCUUCCCUGUCCUGCUCACCAAAUUCGUCUUCCUGAACUUCCUGGCCUUCCCUUUCUUCGUGGACCUUCGGCGGCCGGAGCUGCUGCUGAACAACACCAUCAGCCUGUACCUCGCCACCGAGCCGGGCGUCACAGUCGGCAUCUGGCACACGGUGCCAGGCAGCAGAGGAGCCGAGGCGCAGGGCAAGGACCAGCGAUGGUACGAGGAGGCACUUGCCGACGCUCACCCCGUGAUCAUCUAUCUCCACGGCAAUGGGGGGACCAGGGCUGCAAGCCACCGCAUCCAGUUCUUGAAGACGAUGGGGGCUGCUGACUUCCACAUCCUGGCUCUCGACUACAGAGGCUAUGGGGACUCCAGCGGGCACCCCACGGAGAGCGGCUUCACCACGGACGUCCUGGCUCUCUACGACUGGGCCAAAGCGCGGAGCGGGAACAGCAGCAUCCUCUUCUGGGGACACUCCUUGGGGACGGGGAUUGCCACGAACGCGGCAAGGAAACUGCAGGAGGAGCGCGGGGUCAAGGUCGAUGCUGUCGUCCUGGAGUCGCCCUACACCAACAUCCGCGAGGCGGCCGCCCACAUCCCCAUCACCAAGAUCUACCGCCAGUUCCCGGGUUUCGGCUACCUCAUCCUGGACUCGCUAGCCCUCGGCAACAUGAUCUUCCCCAGCGAUGAGAACGUGAAGGUGCUGGCCUGCCCGCUCCUCAUCCUGCACGCAGAAGAUGAUGCUGUGGUGCCUCCGCACCUGGGUCGCAAGCUCUUCGAAACUGCACGCAGCGCCUACGAGGACAAAACCAAGGUGAAGUUCAUUACCUUUCCCGAAAAGCUGGGCCUGGGCCACGACUACAUCUCGUUCAACCCGGAGCUGCCCACCCUGGUCCAAGACUUCUUGAACAUGAAGUGA